AUGGGGUUCCCUUCCGGGUCCGGUUUGGACAAGUUCAGUGACUUGCAGUCGUUCAUUCGUGCUUCAUUUCCAACUCACAGCGGUGACUUCACAACAGACACGGCUAUUCGAGUGCUUGCAGCAUAUCUCAGUGUAUCACCAUGGGAGGUAUCUCGAGUAGUGGACAUGUCACGACCCAUUCACAACAUGGAGAAUUUGGAGGAAUAUGUGAGCUGCGUUGUGUCGUCCUUGCAAAAACAGGGCGAAGUGCGGACCCGCGCAGUCACAUCAACACUCACCGGGAGGGUCGGCUCCAGCCCGGCAGAAGUAAUUCACACGGAGGGCAACUGCAUGCGUUCGCCGACUGUGAAGCCUCACACUUUUGGGAAAAAGAAGUUAUGCAAACAAUUCUGUAAAACUGGCCUCUGUGCAUUUGGCUCACGUUGCCUCUUCCAUCACGAGGAACCUUACCGUGGUGACACAUGGAGUGUUUCUUCAGACACGUGUAUUACUGACCGCAACUUCAUCGAGCCGAAAUCAACUGAAAGCUCCUCCACGGUUCCGACGGGUGCUGGUCGCGAAUUGUUCACUGAGCUUGCCUCCCCUUCUAACAAUUUCUCUCUUCCAACAGAGCGGCGGAGGGUAACUCAACCAAUCAACAAAGUAACGGCACAGGGACAAACAGAUGAAACAGGCAUUGGAUUUGCUCCACCAGGUACACAACUUCCUGGAGUUUAUGUGAUGCCGCUUUCGGUGCGCAGUGGAGAACUUUAUGUUUACACUCCUGUUCAAUUUCAUGUGUCCUUUCCCAUUUGCCUACCCCCACCCGGUGCUUCUCACUAA